GUGACUGUCAAAUGCGGCAUCUCGCUCUUCCUUUUUCACUUUGUGCGUGUGUGUUUGAUGACGGAAAAUUGCAAAUAGAUCGCUGAAAAUGGCUAAAAAGAAAAGCGAGGAGCACUCCGGUGCGGAUGCGAACGAUAGCGACUAUACCGAGGAGCCGAACUUUGACGAUCCACCCAAUUUUGUGGACAACAUCAGCGAUGAAGAUCUGCUGGGUGAUAUGCUGGCCCAACGCCCGUCGGAGGCUGAUGGUGUCGAGAGCGUCGUCGUGGUGGACAACAUCCCCAAGGUGGAGCCGGUGCGCCUAGAGAAGCUCAAGUCGGUUAUCAACAAGCUCUUUUCGCAUUGCGGCGACAUCGUUAAUGUGGUCUAUCCCGUGGAUGAGGAAGGCAAGACCAAGGGUUACGCCUUCAUGGAGUAUAAGCAGGCCAGCCAGGCCGAGGAGGCGGUCAAGAAGUUUAACAACCAUCGCCUUGACAAGAACCACAUCUUUGCCGUCAAUCUCUUCACUGACUUCCAGAAGUACGAAAACAUCCCGGAGAAGUGGGAGCCACCAACUGUGCAGACCUUCAAGGUGCAGAGCGAUCUUUACAACUUCAUCAACGACCCGGACACCUAUGACCAGUACUGCGUGGCUGCCGAGACCGCACCCAAUUGUGUACAGGUUGGCUUCUGGCAGAACGUCUUGCCCGAACCCUUUGAGUUGGAGACUCGUGAACGCUUCACCGACACUUUCGUUAAAUGGUCACCGUUAGGAACAUAUGUGGUAACCUUCCACAAGCCUGGAGUGGCUAUCUGGGGAGGCAGCAGUUUUCAGAAGAUUCAAAAAUUCCCCCAUCCCGGUACUCAGUUUGUGGAGUUUUCACCAUGCGAGAAUUACCUCGUUACCUACGGCCCAACCCAAACAGGUCAAAAGAUCAUAAUCUGGGAUAUCCGCACCGGAGCCGAGAAGCGUUCAUUUGUUGCCGAUGGCAUGUCGGUGCUUUCCAUGUUCCGCUGGUCGCACGAUGAUAAGUUUGUGGCUCGCAUGGGCGAGAACUCUAUCCAUAUCUACGAGACUCCGUCUUUCUAUCUACUGAACUUGAAGUCAAUCAAGAUUCCAGGUAUCCGCGGCUUCUCGUGGUCACCCACGGACAACGUGAUUGCCUACUGGGUGGAAGAGCAAAAUCAAAUACCUGCCCGCGUCACUCUUAUGGAGAUCCCCAAAAAGCGCGAGAUCCGUAACAAGAACCUUUUCCAUGUAGCUGACUGCAAGCUCCAUUGGCAAAAAUCUGGCGACUACCUGUGCGUCAAGGUGGAUCGCUACUCCAAGUUGAAGAAGGAUAAAAAGGAUCUGGACGUCAAGUUCCUGGGAAUGUUCUACAACUUUGAAAUCUUCCACAUGCGCGAGAAAGAGAUCCCUGUGGACUCUGUGGAAAUUCGCGAGCUAAUUCUGGCCUUCGCUUGGGAGCCCAUUGGCAAUAAGUUCUCCAUCAUCCACGGCGAGCCGAACUCCUCAAACGUAAGCUUUUACGAGGUCAACAAGGGCGUGAAGCCCAGUUUAGUGAAGCGUCUGGAGAAGAAGUCCUGCACGCAUCUGUUCUGGUCGCCUCGCGGUCAGUUUAUCGUAAUGGCUAACCUCACCAUGGGCACCUUUGAGUUUGUGGACUCUACCAACGACUACAUCAUCAGUGCGUCACCUGAUCAUUUCCGCGCCUCCGAGGUCGAGUGGGAUCCCACAGGACGCUAUGUUGUUACUGGAGUUUCCUCUUGGAAGGUGAAGGAGGACACAGGUUUCAAUAUGUACACGUUCCAGGGCCGCAUCAUUAAGCGCACUAUUCUUAAGAACUUCGUGCAGUUUUUGUGGCGCCCGCGCCCUCCCACUCUGCUGAGCGAGGAGAAGCAGAAGGAGAUCAAGAAAAACUUGAAGAAGUACUACGCCGCCUUCGAACAAAAGGAUCGUCUGCGCCUCACCCGUGCCUCCAAGGAGCUGCUCGAGAAGCGCUCCCAGCUGCGCGAGACCUUCAUGGAGUACCGCAACAAGCGCAUCGCCGAAUGGGUGGAGCAGAAGAGUCGUCGCGUCAUGCUGCGAGGGCAUGUGGACACCGACAACUUGGAAACUGAUGAAGUGGAUGAAGAAAUUGUUGAAUUUUUAGUCAAGGAAGAAGUCACCCUGCUGGAGUAGACGACCCCCCAACACUAUACAAACGCUGUCGUCCCCUGCCUAUUCUGAAGCGAUACUGUCGCCUCACAUUUCGUGUCCGGGACGCGUCUACGCCCUGGUUGAUGCCAGGGCCCUUAUCAAUUAUUCAAUCCAGUAGCGCGCGUCUGCUUGCAAACAACUCUAAGCGGAACCUUUGCCUAUACAUACAAUAUACGAAUUAUAAGCCGUAAAGUAAACUUCAACAAAAUCAGAAUUUGCUAAUAUAACAUCUAAUUAAAUGACCUUUAUUGAGCACACCCCUCCUUCCAGUAUGCCUAAAAGUAGAUUUGCAAUGUAUUUGUAUGUAAACAGCAAAAAGAAAACGAAAACAAAAUA